AUGGACAGGGGUGAUCCCGUUAAAUUUCGCAAAGCAUUUGAAGGAAAGCCAGACAAAUCCGUGACCGAUGGCUUUUCUAUCCAGCAAAUUCCUGUGACCGGCUACGACGGGGUAUCAAAAGCAGAUUACCUCAGUAAUAAGGAGAGGCUAAUCGCAGAAUUCAGGGUGCCUGGCAACAAAUUUCCAACUGGUGUGGAGGAUGUCUGUGCCGCUAAUCUUUGGGCUACUGCACUCACACACCGCGACAAACUAGUCAAGCAUGAUUUUCAAGGGCAAAUCCUCCUUGUCCCGAUAAUAAUGCAUCCUGCAACACAGCCGGUAGAUCUCAAAUUUAGUAGUUACCGGGAGAAUGCCAAAGUCCCGAUCCUAUCAGCUGAGGCUAUCAUCUCUGUGCCAACAGAUCUCCGCAUAUCCCCGCUCUCCGCAGAUGACUUCUCUGGACUCCCACUUGCUUAUGUCCAAGUGGCGGGUGCAGACGCUUUUAAGGACGAUGGAUACUUUGCUGAAAGACAAAAGGGUGAAGCAGCAGACACCGGUUAG